AUGGCCACCGAGGGCCGACUAGAGCUACCGUGCCGGCAUACUCGGCUGCUGCCGCUUCGUGGUAAAAAUGGCCAAGCACACCACUACAUCGGCGCUACUGAGUGCGCGAGUGAGUGCGCGAGUGAGUGCGCGAGUGAGUGCGCGAGUGAGUGCGCGAGUGAGUGCGCGAGUGAGUGCGCGAGUGAGUGCGCGAGUGAGUGCGCGAGUGAGUGCGCGAGUGAGUGCGCGAGUGAGUGCGCGAGUGAGUGCGCGAGUGAGUGCGCGAGUGAGUGCGCGAGUGAGUGCGCGAGUGAGUGCGCGAGUGAGUGCGCGAGUGAGUGCGCGAGUGAGUGCGCGAGUGAGUGCGCGAGUGAGUGCGCGAGUGAGUGCGCGAGUGAGUGCGCGAGUGAGUGCGCGAGUGAGUGCGCGAGUGAGUGCGCGAGUGAGUGCGCGAGUGAGUGCGCGAGUGAGUGCGCGAGUGAGUGCGCGAGUGAGUGCGCGAGUGAGUGCGCGAGUGAGUGCGCGAGUGAGUGCGCGAGUGAGUGCGCGAGUGAGUGCGCGAGUGAGUGCGCGAGUGAGUGCGCGAGUGAGUGCGCGAGUGAGUGCGCGAGUGAGUGCGCGAGUGAGUGCGCGAGUGAGUGCGCGAGUGAGUGCGCGAGUGAGUGCGCGAGUGAGUGCGCGAGUGAGUGCGCGAGUGAGUGCGCGAGUGAGUGCGCGAGUGAGUGCGCGAGUGAGUGCGCGAGUGAGUGCGCGAGUGAGUGCGCGAGUGAGUGCGCGAGUGAGUGCGCGAGUGAGUGCGCGAGUGAGUGCGCGAGUGAGUGCGCGAGUGAGUGCGCGAGUGAGUGCGCGAGUGAGUGCGCGAGUGAGUGCGCGAGUGAGUGCGCGAGUGAGUGCGCGAGUGAGUGCGCGAGUGAGUGCGCGAGUGAGUGCGCGAGUGAGUGCGCGAGUGAGUGCGCGAGUGAGUGCGCGAGUGAGUGCGCGAGUGAGUGCGCGAGUGAGUGCGCGAGUGAGUGCGCGAGUGAGUGCGCGAGUGAGUGCGCGAGUGAGUGCGCGAGUGAGUGCGCGAGUGAGUGCGCGAGUGAGUGCGCGAGUGAGUGCGCGAGUGAGUGCGCGAGUGAGUGCGCGAGUGAGUGCGCGAGUGAGUGCGCGAGUGAGUGCGCGAGUGAGUGCGCGAGUGAGUGCGCGAGUGAGUGCGCGAGUGAGUGCGCGAGUGAGUGCGCGAGUGAGUGCGCGAGUGAGUGCGCGAGUGAGUGCGCGAGUGAGUGCGCGAGUGAGUGCGCGAGUGAGUGCGCGAGUGAGUGCGCGAGUGAGUGCGCGAGUGAGUGCGCGAGUGAGUGCGCGAGUGAGUGCGCGAGUGAGUGCGCGAGUGAGUGCGCGAGUGAGUGCGCGACAAACUCCAUGAAUAUAAACGAACGCUGGGAGCCGCCGUGA